AUGGCUGGCCGACCAGGCCCAGCGGCCAUUCUACCACUCGAAGACAUACGGAUUGACCAUGCUGGGGCGAAGGUGCGGGUAGCUGGCUGCCUUGUGUCCUACGACGAGGCGACGUCACUGGGUCUCUUGUCUCACAAGCAAGCAACCCUGCUGGUGGAUCUCACUGCAUGUCUCCAGGACCUGCGGCUGGUCGACAAGCCCAUGCUCAUGCUGAUCGGCGAUCUGGAACGAUUUGAGAAUGAGCUGCCCGAGUCGCUACAUAUCGUCGAAGAUCGUGUAGCGCCUCCCAUCGAAGACCUGCUGUUGUGUGUGCAUCUGGUCAAGCGGUGCGAUGGGCUCGAUAUGCAGGUGUGGGAUGAGGCUGCCAGGAUGGAGAGUAGGGCGAGGUGGGAGCACCUCACAGCCGUCGAGCGAACAUGA